CCAGCACCGCGCAGGCGCUGCGACCGGCAGCGCUGUCAUGGCGGAGAAGGUGCAGAAGAGCGUGAAGAUCGCGCCGGGGGCCGUGGUGUGCGUGGAGAGCGAGAUCCGCGGGGACGUGACCAUCGGGCCCAGGACGGUGGUCCACCCCAAGGCCAGGAUCAUCGCCGAAGCGGGGCCGAUCGUCAUCGGGGAAGGCAACCUGAUCGAGGAGCAGGCGCUGAUCAUCAAUGGGUAUCCAGAAAAUAUUACGCCGGAAACGGAAGAGGUGGAGCCCAAGCCGAUGGUCAUUGGCACCAACAAUGUGUUUGAAGUGGGGUGUUAUUCCCAAGCAAUGAAGGUGGGCGAUAACAAUGUCAUCGAAUCCAAAGCAUUUGUGGGCAGGAACGUGAUCCUGACGAGCGGCUGCAUCAUCGGGGCCUGCUGUAACAUCAACACCUACGAGGUGAUCCCCGAAAACACCGUCAUCUACGGGGCCGACUGCCUCCGCCGCGUCCAGACGGAGCGGCCGCAGCCCCAGACGCUGCAGCUGGAUUUCCUGAUGAAGAUCUUGCCAAACUACCACCACCUGAAGAAGACCAUGAAGGCCACGUCCACUCCUGUCAAGAGCUGAGCGCCUUCUGCCGAGGGUGGUUGUCCGGGGCUUUCGUCUGGUCCUGUGAAGCACUACACGGCCCCGGGAAGCGCCGGUCUCCGCGUCCCUCAUUCCAUCCUUGGCAAAAAAGCCGGUCUUGCUUAUUUGUGUCCUUUAUUGAUAUCCCGCCGAGCAUCUCGGACCAGCUUUGGAUCUGUUGUCUCUCUCGCGCUCGCUCUAUCGUAGGUGCUUUGUUUUGGGAAUAAAAUGUCACCUGCUCUUCUGUC